GCCCUCUCUCAGGUAACCCGGAAGAUGGCGGCGGCGGCGGCGGCUGGGAUGAGGCGAGGCGCCGCUGCCGGCCGUGCCGCGUGAGGGAAGCGGAGUGGCGGCGGCUCCUCCGGGCCGGCCUCCUCCUCCUGCUGUUGCUUUGCGCCGUCGUUCUCUGGCGGGAACCCAUGCCGGCCCCUCCGAGCCCCGCCGGCUGAGGCGAGACAGGCCCGGCUGCGGACCGCGCUGAGGACUCGGGCUGCCCCCCCCCCCACUCCCGAGAUGCCGGGCCGCUUGCUGCGCCCCGCGCUCGGCUGGGGCGGCCUCGGACUCUUCUGCUUGUGGCUGGGCGGCAGCCAGGCGGCUCCGCUGCCGCCCGCGGGGCCAGGAGAAGAGGCAGCUUUUGAAGUUUCCUAUUCUUUGGUGGUUCUUUCUGCCGGUGGCCUCUUAGUUUUGAUACUCCUGCUUGUAAACUGUGUUUCCUGUUGUAAAGAUCAAGAGAUUAACUUUAAGGAAUUUGAAGACAAUUUUGAUGAUGAGCUAGACUUCACCCCGCCCGCAGAAGACACCCCAACAAUUCAGUCUCCAGCGGAGGUGUUUACACUCACGGUGCCCAGUGCUUCUCUCCCAGCUCCAUCCCAAUUCCAACUUCCAACAGAAGAUCUGAAAUCUCAGGUGGCUCGUCAGAAUCUCAAUUACAUCCAAGAAAUAGGAAAUGGCUGGUUUGGGAAGGUUCUGCUGGGGGAGAUUUACACCGGCACUAGCGUAACCAGAGUCAUUGUGAAGGAGUUGAAAGCCACUGCAAAUCUCAAGGAACAGGAGCGGUUUUUGAGAUAUGGGGAGCCAUAUUUUAUCCUUCAGCAUCCCAAUGUUCUCCGCUGUACCAGCCAAUACGUGGAAGCCAUUCCUUAUCUGUUGGUAUUUGAAUUUUGUGACCUGGGUGACCUAAAAGCCUACCUUUGCAACGAGCAAGACAACAUUAAAGGAGAUUCUCAAAUAAUGCUGCUACAGAGGAUGGCCUGUGAGAUUGUGGCGGGACUUGUCACGAUGCACAAACACAAUUUUGUGCAUGGAGAUUUAGCUUUAAGGAAUUGCUUCCUUACGUCUGAUUUAAACGUAAAAAUUGGUGAUUAUGGAAUAGGAUUCAGUAGGUACCAGGAAGAUUAUAUUGAAGCAGAUGAAAACAAACUCGUGCCCCUCCGAUGGACAGCUCCAGAACUAGUGACCAGCUUUCAGGAUCGGUUGCUAACAGCAGAACACACGAAAUACAGCAACGUCUGGGCCCUGGGAGUGACACUGUGGGAACUUUUCAGUGGCGCCACGAAGCCUUACUCCGAGCUCUCUGACGAGGAGGUUUUGACGCAAGUCAUCAAAGAGAAACAGACCAAGCUGUUGGAACCCCCGCUUGAGCAGCCUUAUUCUGAUCGAUGGUAUGAAGUUCUGCAGUUCUGCUGGCUGUCUCCGGAAAAGCGAGCCACGGCCGAGGAAGUCCACAAGCUUUUAGUCUAUCUCUGCAUGCAAAGCCAAAGGGAUUCCGUAAUUGAUCCUGAACAGUGGGACGACCUCAAGCCGAACGUUUCAAACCGAGAGCCUUUGGGGAGCUCUGCCUUUCCGAUCCUGGAUCAUUUCAACGGCAGCCGGUUUGGCCGCGAGAUGGAGGAGGUUCUCACGGUAACCGAAACGAGCCGAGGACUCAACUUUGAGUACAUUUGGGAGGCCGCCAAGCACGACCACUUUGAAUGCAGUCAGUCAAACCCCGUUGAAACCAAGACUUACACAAACAUCUUCUUCCCGGUGGAAGUUUUUGAGAACACGCUGACCGAGCAAGGGCCUGGAGCUCAGGUUGAAAGUGGACAGGAAGUUUCCCUGCUGGUGCCUGGAGAACUUCCUGUGUUUAACGCCCGCAAGCCUUCGGUGGGAAGUGAUUAUUACAUCCAGUUAGAAGAAAAGAUUGGAGGCUGCAGUAGCCUCAACUUUGACCACCAGGUGGCUGAAUGGACGACAGAAGUGGACAGUUCUGAAGUUCUGAACGACAAAAAGGGUCACGUUGUGGUUCUAGAACACUUUGCUGCUGAAUCUACCACCGAUGGGGAUAUUUUCUGUAAUAAUACAGAUCCCAAGGAAGAGAAUUUGCACAGGGCUGACCCAGUUGACCCUUCCCCAAAUGGUGGCGUUGACAAAAAUGAACAAUUGGCAAAUGGCAGACUUGGUAGACUUGAUUUAGCUGAUAUAAAUGAUAUUCGUCUGGAGCUGCAGGCAAUUUCAUUCUCAGAUCCUGAGGAAUCUACCUGUGGCCUGCCCAAGAAGGAAAGCUCUCCGCUUGCUUCUCAAAAUGAUUACUUGCAGGAAGAUACCUCACAGGAGUCUGAACUUAGCCAGCUGACUUUAGAGGAGCUAUCUGACAACUUCCUUUUUCUUCAGGAGAAGAAUCUAUUAAAGCAGACAGCGAGGAACCAAACCGAUAAAACAGACCCACCAAAUAUGAACUCUUUGGGAGUUGAAUGUAACAUGAGUGGGAAAGUUCAUGACACUAAAAAGGACUUUCUUGGGCGAAUAAGGGCACUUCCUGGUUCCCCUGUGAUAGAUAAGCAGCUCCUGUUCUCCUUUUCUAGCCCUGGGACAAGCCCUCCUAACCGAAUAGUUGGAGAUAACUCUACCCAGAAUCCUGCUGCUUCUUGCAUUGGAAUGAAAGAAGUCUCUGAGCUCGGUUCAACCCAGGUCAAAAACCAGACCGAUGACAUCAGCUCAUGUCCUGGUGUCACACUCAAUGCUCAAGAAAAAAGCGAGGAAAAUAAACAGGAACUUCAACACAGCCCUCGUGCCUGGGAGCUGAGCCAUGAAAUAAACUCUAAGAAAUCAGAAGAAGAUAACUCUGAUCUUCUAAAGGGAAGUGGUAGAACGUCUCAAGUUCAAAGGUCUGACAGAGAGGGUCUUCUCCCCACAGAUCGUAUCAGUCAUGACAGCCUACUAGAAGACAGUUCCUCGGGGUCAACCCCAAGCCUGGGACAACUGGCAGAUACACCAGACUCGUUUGAGACAUUAGACAUUAACGAAGGUUUAGAAUCCUUUGAGCCAGAGAGCCCUCAGAAAUGUCUGCCCCCCGAUAAACCUGCCGAUAGCGGUUAUGAAACUGAAAAUCUAGAAUCUCCCGAAUGGACGUCACAUCUUCUGGGCAGCAAUUCUAACGAAUCAGCUUUAUCUAACGCCGGGGGAGAUCUUUUGCAGGAGAACCCCGUGGUCAUCGUGUCGGCAGAGGUCAAUUCUUACGCCGACCCAACAAAGAUGGAUAAUUUUGAAGCAACCCAAACAGUUCUGGAGGGCACCCAUAAUUCAUAUAGAGAUUCGGCCUAUUUUUCCGAUAACGAUUCCGAGGUAGAUAAGAAAGCGGAGGUCACAAAUCCAUCCCAAAAGCCAACAGUAUUAGCCAAGGACCACCCGGAUUCCUUUGAAAUGGAAAAAGCUGGGAAUACAGAAAAUGCUUUAAGCAGCAAUGAAGUAGCUAAUUAUCAGUUCAUCCAUGACCUGACCUCACCGCUGGAUGUGGAUGGAGAAGACCACGAGUCUGACGAAAGGAAACAGGAGUGGCUUCGUAAAACCGAGGAUACGGCUUCGUUGCCGCAGCUCCCUGACCUAGAACGCAUAGUUGAAGAUGAAAUAUAUGAGGCUUUCCCUACAAGUGUCUCCUGCACAGGCACCAGUACGGCAGAUUUUUUCCCCGAGGGUGAUCUGAAGCUCAUGCCCACCUUGUACGGUGCUCCAGACACCUUUGAAACAUCCUUCUUGGGUCAGCUUGAAGGCCAUAAGCUGAAAGAACCAGACAUUGAAGGCAAAUAUCUCGGUAAGCUUGACGUGUCUGGGAUGCUGGAUCGCUCCUUAGACGAGGAGGAUGCGGACGAGGAGGAUGGAAACAGUGACGAUUCGGAGGACGAUAUGAAGACCUUCCAUCUCCAGGGGCUGAGCUCUGACAGCGAUGAGGAUAUUAUGACGCAUCAAGUGCCGGAGAUCAUUAGCGACGGCAACGAUGGGAAGCAUCUGAGAAGCUUGCUGAAGCAGCCAAAGCAACAGGAGGGGAAUAAUUCUACCGAGGCCUUUCAGAAGAAUGGGAAAAAAGCAGUAACGUUCUUUGAUGAUGUCACUUUAUAUCUUUUUGAUCAGGAAAUGCCAACCAAAGAACUCGGAAAGCGUAUUGCCGAAUCAAACUCCAAUCACACUCCCGCCCUUGCUGCCAGUUUUGGUUACUUGAAUAAAUUCACCAGUUCGGAAAGCUCUACGGACGAAGAAGGAGGUUUUGAGUGGGACGAUGACUUCCCUUCUCCUGGGCCCUCCGUGAUUUUGAAGGCAGCCAGCACCCUCAUCAGCUCCAAGACUUCCUCUCUUCAGACCUCAAAGUACCUCUCUCCUCCACCGCCCCUCCGAAGCCCCGAGCAGGACUGGUUCCGCCCUUCCCCUUACUCCAGGUUCUCUAUCUCACCCGCAAACAUUGCAAGCUUCUCACUCACUCACCUUACAGACUCGGACAUCGAACAAGGAGGGAGCAGUGAAGAUGGAGAGAAAGAUUAAGAGCUGGAAGCUUCUCUCUCGGUCCGUCCUGGCGAUGGUGGGGGAAACACCUCUGCUUUGGACUACGAGCCAUUUAAAAGAUAAAAGUUGCAUCUGAAGACUUACAAUUAAGUCCUACAAUCCAAUAACCCAUAAAACGACGGAGAGAUCACGUAGUCAGAAGCGGAAUUUGGAGUGGAUGCAUUUCACAGUGUACUACCGGUAUUUUUGAAAAGCGGUGCAUUUUGCAUUUCCUCUUUAACAAAUUAAUAAUAAUAAUCAAAAACAGACCUCCCUAUGCUAGCUCUCUCCCAGUACUUGAAAUAUCCUCCAGAGGAUUUGUACCACAGUGACAUUCUGGUUUAUAUAUAGGAUUGUAAUAUACUUUUUUGGGGGGAGGGUGGGGGUGUAACCAUGUAUUAUCUGUGCGAACGUGUAAAAUUGUAUAUAGUUGAGUUGCAGAUAACUACAUUCCUCGAUUGGGCUGAGAGCUGUGGUAUAGCCAGCCAUAUUUUGCAGGGUUUUGCUCCUUGCUUAGCUGUAGGCGUGCUAGUUGUGUCCUUGCCAAGUCCUUUUGCAUUGUACAAAGCCUUCUGGACCAAUGGGAAUUGUAGUACUGGCUUAUUUAAAUUGGUUUCAUUUUACUCUUGUGUCUCUUUCCAGACAAUCUUCUUGUCAGAGAAUGCAGAACUUGAGUCUUCUGGUAGUUCAUUUCUUUUCUUUUCUUUUUUAAGGAUUUCUCCCACUUGGAGAUAAAGAGGAAGAUAAUUCUCACUUACAAUUAACGGGGGUUGGUGGAUCAGCUUGUUUUUAUUUGUAGUUGGUUAAAAAUGGUGACGGUGAUGGCCUACUGUUUCUUGAGUUUUGCUUGUUUUUUGUAAGGGAAAUUGUCUGGGGUCUUGUUGGAUGUGUGUGUUUGCGGUAUGCCCAUCCAAACGAUCCCCUUGGUUACUGGACAACUUCUAGAAUUCUCCAUGUCCACUUGAAGGAUCUGUCAGCAUCUGGUCGCCAUCCGAUAGGAGAUUGUUUCACUUCCGCCAUUAGUGACCUUUCUUUUUGAAGUCAGGUACUUCCCCCCCCCCCACAAAAAAAGAGGCUUUAAUAGAUUUGGGUUCCUGGUCUUCCUGGUUCUCAAGCAUGAGUGUGAAUCACAACAAUCUUCAGUAGAUCUUUGGCUUUUCCAUGACUGAUGUAAAGGAGGCUUCCCGUAGGUUUUCUCCCAUAAGAGUUCUCAAAAUAAUUGUCACAAGAUCUUUAAGGAUGCAAGCUGCAACUUAUGAGCUAAAUAGGCAGUAGUUCCUUCACCCCAGUUGUUCUAGCCCUGCUUAAAGGAUCUUUUCUGAGCUCCAUCAACUUUGUAUAGACCUGUCUGAACGUUCCUAAAAUAGGAGAAGGCCAACUGCGACAAGCACAGUUUUAGUUACACGUUACGUAGGCAAGUACGGUAGCUCUCGCUCUUUCGCUCUCUUUAAAACUUGAUUCUCAUUCGAAAAACAAGCCUUUGUGCUGUUUUGUACCUUUUGCUCCCACAAUUUGGCAGAGGAAGAAUAUGCUUGCAACCUAUUUGUAAAGCUGUUGGGUCAUCCUACAAAAGGAACUGCUGAAAGUACGAAUUUUGGAGAACUUCUCAAGAGAAUGAAAAAAAAAAAUACUGUAGGGUUGGACACAAGCGUGUGUAUUUUUAAUCCUUCAUCUGGAUUAGUAUCUUGGAAGCUUAUGUGAAGGAUAGCAAUGCAUAAAAUAGGUAAGCAUCUUAAGAAUUCGGAAAAACAGUAGCAUCCUGAGAAAUGCUUUUGCUUCUGGGGUUCAGCUUCAGCACCUGCCAACGUGCUCUGCUCUUAGGGGGUGGUCCUUGACAGAUCCAACAUCUCCUCCUUGACUGGCAGCCUCGGGUCUGGCCUUCUCCACUCUUGGAGACACUUGCAAUCUGAAGGGAGACCUCUUCUAAGAUGAUCAUAUGUAGGGAACUCAGAACCGAGUAUUCUCAACUCUUGUGUUGGGUCGCAGAGUCUGCCUUGGCCCUUGACCUUGCGUGUUAGGAAUGUGGAUGUUGUCUGUGGCAGAUGUCCCCAGGAUACGCUUCAAAUAACAUGAGAUCAACACUCCCUUCAAGGCAGAAGACAUCUUAAUGGCGAAGACCAGUUGGUAGAAUUGAGCCAAAUGGAUGUUACUAUUCCUUCAUUUUGGAGUCUUGCAAUUGAC